AUGACGACGCUGUCCAUCGACACCGGCGACCUCGACGUCAUCGCAAAGUAUGCCGACACGGGCCUCGUCACGGACGCGACGACGAACCCGCUCUUCGUCGCGCAGGCCGGCACGUCCGGCGACGCGCGCUACGUCGCGUUCGUCGACGCGGCCAUCGCCUACGCGAAAGAGCACGCGGGCGACGACGACGUCGUCGCGCUCGCGAUGGACCGGCUCGCGGUCGAGCUCGGCCUCGAGAUCGUCAAGCUCGUGCCCGGCUACGUGUCGACGGAGGUCGACAUCCGCGCGUCCUUCGACACGGACGAGUCCGUGCGGCGCGCGCGGCGGAUCAUAGCGAUGUACGAGGCGGCCGGCGUCGACCGGAGCCGCGUGCUCGUGAAACUCGCGGGCACGUGGGAGGGCAUCAAGGCCGCGGAGAUCCUCGAGAAGGAGGGCAUCACGUGCAACAUCACGCUCAUCUUCGGCUUCGCGCAGGCCGUCGCCGCGGCGCAGGCGGGCGCGCGGCUCAUCUCGCCGUUCCCGGGCCGCGUCAAGGACUGGCACUCGGCGAACGGCGGCGAACCGACCUACGAGCCCGCCGACGACCCGGGCGUCGUCGAGGUCUCGCGGAUCUACGCCUACUACAAGAAGCACGGCCACGGCACGAUCUGCAUGCCCGCGUCGUGGCGGCCGAGCCGGGGGACGGGCGACCCGGCGUUCGCCGUCGACGAGAUCCUCGCGCUCGCGGGCACGGACCGCAUGACCAUCCCGCCGGCCUUCCUCGACCUUCUCCAGGGGUCCGACGCGCCCGUGCCGCGGAACCUCGAGCCCGCGGCCGCCGCCGCGGCCUGCGCGGACGGCGCGCUCCCGCUCGACGAGAGCGCGUUCCGCCUCGCGGUCAACGGCGACAUGGCGACGACGACGAAGCUCGCCGAGGGCAUCAACGCGUUCAUCGCCGAGACGGCGAAGCUCGAGGCCGCCAUCAAGGCCAAGCUGUGA